CAUCUCCGCAUUAUCCUCUGUGCAUUUGAAUUAUUUUGUCGGGGGUCUCUCUCCUCCCUCCCCAUCGCCUCAUUUCUCUUCAUAGCUGAUUAUUCUGGUUGAGAAGAAACAUUUAAUUUCUGUCUAGCGCCAUUGUGAUGUUUGGUAUCGAGUAGUUGUGGGGUAACGUUUGAUCGAAGAGGCUGAAACUGAGCGACUUGAUAUGCUGGUACUUGUUCAGUCUGCAUUUCGCAUGCAGAUGUGCUGAACGGCAAAAACUGGAUUUAAUUCACAAUUUGACCAUGGGAGCUGCUAGACACCGAUAAUGGGUGAAAUAAAAGCGAUACAUUGGAAGUAAUAGCGACGUUUGGCAAUAGAGUGACAACCAAUCAGUUUGGAUGCAGACUAAGAAUAAUUAAAUAAUGUGAAUGCCACUGGAUCUGCUGCGAACACAGAGGAACACUGUUAAAUUGUAUGCAGGAAAGUACAGAAGAAAUAUAGACAAUCGCACUAACUGGACCAGUUCCUUGUGUUGUGGACAACAAUGCAGCAUUUUGAAUUUGCCUCAGAUGACUAGAGGAUACUACAAGAUAACCAUCUCCAUGCUACUGAGAGGAAUAGAGACACAGGAGGAUGUCAACAGAGGCAGAGCAUCAAGCAGAUGUCAAACUCAGUGUCAAAAAGGAGUCCAGGAGAAGAGGUCAGGAUCGCAGCGAGCAGGCUCUGAUUCAGCGCUUCAGAGGGGAUGGCAUCAGUUACAAGGCCAAACUGAUUGGGAUUGAUGAUGUGACGGCCACACGUGGUGACAAGCUAUGUCAGGACUCCAUGAUGAAGCUAAAGGGAAUUGCUGCCUCAGCACGGUCAAAAGGGAACCACAAACAGAGAAUAUUCUUGACUGUGUCUUUUGGUGGAAUCAAGAUUUAUGAUGAGAGAUCAGGGGUCUUACAACACCAUCACUCUGUACACGAAAUCUCCUACAUUGCCAAAGACACAAGAGACCAUCGUGCCUUUGGCUAUGUGUGUGGGAAAAAAGGCAACCACAAAUUUGUGGCAAUCAAGACAAGCCAUUCGGCAGAGCCGGUUAUACUGGACCUGCGUGACCUUUUCACCCUUGUCUAUGACAUCAAACAGAGGGAGGAGUCACAAAAAAAGUCUCAGAAGGACAAGCACUGUGAACAAGCCAUCUAUCAGACGAUUCUGGAAGAUGAGAUUGAUGAUCCAGUCUAUCAGUACAUUGUGUUUGAAGCUGGACACGAGCCCCUCCAUGGCCACCAAUCAGAGGAGAGCGUUUACCAGGUCCCCACAAGUCAUCAGAAAGACGGGAUCUAUGAUGUUCCAAAACACCAUAUGACUAAUAUAAACCAGUUUGAUCUUUUUGGUGACAUGGCCACCCCCCCAGACAUCCUUUCAAUGCCAGCGUCGCCUGCUACCACACUGGAUCCUGGAAGGAGACGACGUCAGCACCGCCCAGAACUCUUUACUCAUUUUAGCCCACCAGCUGUGCCCUCAGGUUAUAUGACCAUGGGUGCUAUCCAGGCUGCUCACUGGACCCAACAAUCAUUUGCUACCCAGGCUACUCCAAUGGCCUUCGGGGUUCAGGCACCAUUGCAGGUGGCCCAGAUGCUUCCUGGAGGCCAGCCUGUGAUUUGGGGUCAAGCAAACCUCUUCCACUCUCCGGCCACUGGCCAGCAGCAAUGGGCGUUUGUACCAGCCCAGACAGUUGGCAUGGGGGCGCAUCCAAUUCCAGCCGCAGUGCUUCAGGGUCUGGUCCCCAUAGCUGCCAUGCGCCCCCACUCCUGUGAACCUCCUGAGGCUUCGUCGAACAUCGUGAGUCCUCAGCACUUUGUAGAUUCUACCCUGCGGCAGAGUGGAUCUAAGGACGCACUAAACAAAGACCCCGAGGAGGAAUCCAUAGCUGUUCACAUUUGCACAAGCAAACAUGACACUGCACAGCCCUCUGGGAAAGAGGAAAUGGACUGCAUUGCUGAGCUUGAUUUUUCACAGAUGAAAUUGACUUCAGGGUCAUUACCACUAUCCCCAACUGACUCCUGUGGUACUCCCGGUCCUGACAAGGAAACCAUGUCCCCAGCAGAUGCCCCUUCAACAGAGCUAUCACUCUUGGCUGCAAAAGACAGCUCAGUCAAUGAGCCAGAGGUUUUGGAGGCCUGUGCUGAAACUCUCAGCACUGAUGAGAAACCACCAGAUGCUCAGAUAAGGCUUCCAGACUCUUCGCAGCUAGAUGCCUAAGAGAAAUGUCUUCUGGGAAGCGUCACUCUGAACAUUGAGAAGAAUCCAAAAAUCACAGUGGUGCAGAUGGGACAUAAAAUAAAUGCUGAGCUGUGUUGAGCUCUGUGGGACAUUUCAAAAACUCUGAUGACUGAUAACAGAGAAAGUAAAAUCUAUUUUAAUGAAUAAAGAGCACCUUUAGUUUGCAGUGGACUUGAAAAUUGACUCUCUACCAGUAGCCACUAACUAUUCACUUCAGACAUGAAAUAUUUUUUUGUAAAAUAAUACUGAGCUGUCACAGUAUGGGAAAAUGGACCAUUGAGAUCAAAGUUUAACUGUGCAUUUGAUGGACUUGGAGAUUAAUUUCAAUUGACAUUUCUAAUUCACGGAUGCAUUCAAAUUUUAAUUUCUUGACUGUGGUGAUUUUUCACCUAGGAAGCUAUGUAGUUGCAUUCUACAUAUGGAGAAGCCAAACCGCAUUGGUUAAAAUAAUGUUGCUUUUCUUUUUCUUGGAAGGAAUUAUACCGUAUGUUGGCGUUGUGGUGAGGAUUUUCUCAAAGAAAAGAAAACUUCUUUCAAUGGCUUUUUUCUUUCUUUUUUUUUUUUUUUUGAAAAACGACUUGACAGACAUUCUCUUUUAGAUUUUAUACAGUGAUAUGUUUAUGGUAUUCAAAAAUGAGACAUUUUUAACAAUUUUCAAAUAAUCAAAAUAUCUACCAUUUUCUAUCUUCAGUGUGUAUUAUGAUACUGUCAAUGUUAUAUGUUUUUGAAUGUCAAAAUGUAUUUGUUGAAUUUUAAAAUCUUUGGUCUGGAGCUUUUUUUCUGUUUUGAGAUUUGAUUUGAUCAGUGUUGCAAGUUCAGUGUGGUUCAUAAACUAUACUGUAUACAUAUGUUCCUCUUCAGGGUUGAUGUUUGCUUUACAGAAAAACUAUUCCAUGCUGCAUUUUCCUCUGAAUCUGUCAGAGUAAAAGGUCCUUGUCAAGGGUUUCAAGUUUCAUUGAAUCAACAAGUGUUGAAGAUAAAGCGGUUCAAAGACAGUUACUAUCUGGAUAUCUUUGUCCAUUUUCUUACAAAAAAAAAAUCACUAGAAUCAGUUUAUUUUCUUGGUUGUACUGUAGUAAUUUUCUCAAGUGACCCUUUUUGAUGAUAAAAAUUUAAGAAAGUGCCAUUUUAUUAAGUUUUGUCCUACUCUGUACUGAUGCAUUUUUAAUUUGCCUUAUUUUGUCUAGUAAGAAUUUAGUAAGAUUUAUAUAAACUCAAAAAUACAUGACUAUAUGUAGCUAAUUAUCAUUCAGUUUGGUUCAAUGAUAAAUCCAGAAGACUAACAGCACAUCAACUGAAAUAAAACAAAUAUUUUUAUCUCAUUGGUUA